AUAAUGGAGCCUCCCUCCUUUAUUGCAGCUGUCAGUGACGUGAUAACAGCUGUUGAUGAUGGAUUUGUGACAGCUGUAGUUGUUCCAGAAGUCAAAACUGAACCUGCUAGUCCACAAACUGUUGUACUGAAAACUGUCAGUCCGAAAGGAAAUGGAAUUGCCAAGGAUUAUAAAUCCGAGAUGCUCACCCUGCAAGGAAAAUUCAAAGAGGAAGUUAAGACAAGUUCAGGAAAGAACGGAACUACGGAGAAAUGUAACCCCGGAGAGAAAAGGAAAGCGAUGUUUCCAGAACUAUUUUCCUCCGGAGCAAAGAAGACCAAGACUGGACCAGUUCAGCCUAAGAAUGCUUGCGUUGCCUUGAACGAAUAUAAACCUGGACUAGAAUAUGUUCUAGUGGAUCAGAUUGGACCUGUACAUGAUCCUAAGUUUAUAAUGAAAGUUUGCGUGAAUAGCAAGGAUUUCACUGGAGAAGGAAGAACCAAAAAACAGGCCAAGCAGGCUGCAGCGGAGAAUGCUUUAAAAUCCAUCGUUCAGUUCAGAAAUCCUCUAGAAGCUCAGGUUGCGAUGGGUAAAGCUCCCCUGAUUGAGAACGGAAUUGACUUUACAGAAGACUCCGCCAUGGAGACCGGUCCAACAUUUGCAGGCGAAGCUAAACCUCCUCUUCAACCUGUAGUUGGGAAGGAAAAAAAAAAUCCGGAAAUCAGUCCAGCUCCGGCUUCUCCGGUAAUCAGUGAGUUUAAGAAUCCCGUGAUGAGCCUGAAUGAACUAAAACCUGGAUUGACGUAUGAGUGCUCUGAAACCGGAGCUACAGCUGCCACUAAGAGGUUUGUCACAACAGUAACCGUGGAUAAUAUCAAGUUUGAAGGAACAGGGUCAAGUAAGAAGUUCUCUAAGCAAGCCUGUGCUAGAGCUGCACUGUCUAAACUGUACGGAGUAAACUUCGUUCUGUCUCUGUCCAGUGCUUCCGCUUCCUCCGGGACGGAGAAGGUUGUAGUUGGGACGGGUAUCCCUCUCUCUAAGUUUAGUAUGGAUCAGGAGGUGGCGGAUAAAGUUGCAAAACUAGUUCUUGAGAAGUUUGAAGGACUGACGAUUGGGAAUAUGGUCGCUUCAAGAAGGAAGGUUAUUGCUGGAAUAGUUCAGAGCAAAGGAGAAAAUAUGUCAGAGCUUACUGUUGUCAGUGUUACAACAGGUACAAAGUGUAUCAACGGCGAGUAUAUGAGCGCGUCUGGAAACGGACUAAACGAUUGUCACGCAGAGAUCUUGUCCCGGAGAUGCCUCAUGAGAUAUCUUUACAGUCAGCUGGAGUUAAUCUAUGCUGAAGGAAGUAUCCCGGUAGAUUGUAUCUUAGAGAAAGGGAGUAAGGGCGGAUACAGAUUGAAACCUGAUGUAAGGUUCCAUCUUUAUAUUAACACAGCUCCUUGUGGUGAUGCCAGAAUAUUCUCCCCACAUGAAGAUCAUAAAGGUGGUUCCUCCACAAAUGACGACUCUGACCGUCAUGUGAACCGACGGUCUCGAGGUCAGCUCCGUACUAAGAUCGAGUCCGGAGAAGGAACCAUUCCGGUUACGUCCAGUGACGGUAUUCAGACCUGGGACGGAAUCAUGCACGGGUCUAGGCUACUAACUAUGUCCUGUAGCGAUAAAGUUUGCAGAUGGAAUGUUCUGGGUGUGCAGGGCGCCCUACUCUCCUACUACCUGGAGCCAAUAUAUUUUUAUUCAAUCAUCCUUGGUUCACUCUUCCAUUCAACUCAUAUGCUUAGAGCAGUUACUGGCAGGAUAAAGGAGACUGUAUCCGGACUCCCUCAACCCUACCGUCUCAAUACUCCUAAACUAAACCAUCUCUCCUCACCAGAAGCUAGGCAGCCAGGGAAGUCUCCAAACCAUAGCAUCAACUGGACUCACGGCGAUGAACGAGCUGAGAUUAUUGACGCCACCAAGGGGAAAUUGUUGGAGGGGGGAAAAGCGUCAAGAUUGUGCAAAUAUUCCCUUUUCUCCAGGNAUUGUGCUGAUUCUGUCGAGGGACACCACGCUGAGACAGCAUUUAAGAAGGCACUGCUUGGAGACUGGGUUAAGAAACCUAUGGAACAAGAUGAGUUUGAAAUCUGAUAAUUGCAAAGUAUCCUAAAACAGCGUUGGAGAAAUCCAUAUAGUUCCUGUUUUAGAUGCACAAAAUGGAAAUGUCAGUGAAACCUUUAUGCAGAAAUAUGUUUAGACCUUUUCGAAUAUUUGUUGUCAAACUCUUAACCUGACUUAACCAAUAACUAUAUCUUGAUAUGGACUUCUCAACCUGAUCUCUUAAAGUAAAAACUAAACAAAACCUAGCACAUUUUUCUGCGGAAAUACAAUCCAAACGGAUUGUUCGUAUAAAGCAUUUUUGAAGUUGGAUUUGUUGCAGAAUUUUCACGAUCCCUUACCUUUUUUAACAGAUCUCCUUUUAUACAAGAAGUAAGAUUGAACCUUAGAACGAUAUUUUAGAUAUAACCUUUGUUGUUGUUUCUGUAGAAAUUUCGAAAGUUCAGGAUGUUGUUCUCUUCUACAGUACUUUUUUAAGUUUUUGUUAAUUUCCAGAA